CAUCCGAGCGACCGCGGCCUCCGUGAACACAAGCAGCUCAUCGAUGAGAUCCUUCAUGAGAGGUCGUGGACCGAGACUGCUGGGUAUAUCUCAAUUUUCGAUAAACUUCCCGCCGAACUUAUUCACCAGAUCCUAUCCCAUCUCUCCGCGCAAGACCUGGCUUGCGUGUCCAGCACCUGCCGCAUACUAGCCGAACAUGGCUCUAACGAUCGCCUGUGGGCCAAACUCGUCAAUUCACAUCUUGACUCCCACAUACACGACCCAGGACCCUUUAACUCAUUCCGUCGACUAUAUCUUGCCCAUCUACCUUACUGGUUCAUUCCUCAAAAUAAGAUCUGGUUUGCAGAUGUCGAAGCCCACGGAUGUCUGAUCCUUGCUCGGUAUGACAACCGACGAGGGGUAAUAGAGGCAUACCGAGUCGUUGCAGAUCGACGCACACCAAAGUUUCAUGUUUGGGAAGCCCAUCCGGACGUUAUGAUUCAGUCGUUUGACCCCAAGAUCAGCUUGUGGCUGGAUGACCCAGUUUUACUGCUCAAAGACGCGGAGAUAUCGAACCCGAUCGCCGCUUGCCAGACAUGGAAUGCCGAUCGCCGGAUGCCCAUGUCAGCAGACUCUCAACAAGUAUUCAGCUCGCUCAUGCUUUGCCCCAAGGAGUAUCCAGAUCAGAGGACGAUGUCCUCGAUUAGGCUCUGGCCGCCUGCAAUGGUUCCUAGUUCGGAGCGAAUAGCCCGGAUCACGACUUCAAGAGAUACGUUUCUGCCCAGUCGUGCAUCGGAAGCAUCCACAAUCGGGCUUCGCAUCAAGCGAUGGGCCAAUUUUCGGUUUCAGAUGACCCCGAUUGAUAACGAAGCGAUAUCUAAUUAUGCGACCCUCGACCCGGAGCUGUACAUUCCUACAAAAGAGAAGCCUUACCAAGGGAUAUGGGUUGGAGAUUAUUCUGCCCAUGGGUGCGAAUUUCUUCUCAUCUACCAAAUGACUCAACCUUCCGGUUUCAAUCCAACCGACGGACGCGAGGGGGCCUAUCAAUGGAACACUUUGAAAGCCGUCAAGCUGACAGGAGAUCCAAAUGUUCCCCGUGGGGAAGUCACCUUUGUCGCCCACGAUAUUGGGCCCAAUGGCCUGGUACGUGUGGCAGAUGAAGAGCCAUUCGUAGGUGCCCGUAUAGUCCACAGCUUUGGACACGUAGCGGGCAUCGGUUUCCGUGACGAUGCUUAUAUUGCAUCUCAACUCAUUCUCGUUUCCACUGAUUACAUCGCCCACUACUGGCAGGAGAUGGGUCACAUCUCGUACUUCCGUCGUGUGGAUAUCGAUGGGCUUUUGAAGACCUAA